UGGUGCCCCUCUUUCUUCCCUUUCUCCUGUGGUCCACUUUCCUCCCCAGACCUUUACCUCUCAUGCCAACCUACCUUCACCUAUCACCUCCUUCCCCUCCCUCCAAGUUCUUUAUUCUAGCAUCUUCUCCCUUCUUCAACACUCCUGAUUAAGUGUUUCGGCUUAAAAUGUCAACUGUUUCUUUAUUUCCAAAGAAGCUACUUGGCCUGCUGGUUCCUCCAGCAUUUUUGUGUGUUCUCCUUUGGAUCUCCAGAAUCUGCAGAUUUUCUCGAGUUUUUGUCCCUUACCCCAUUAAACGCUCCUCGGCCCCGUCGGCUUUAAACCCUGUAUCCUACUCUGAUCGUUUUAAAUUUACCUCGUUCAAUGGAAAAUAUACUAAAUGACUACCCAGCAUCGAAAAAGAAGUGUGCUGGAGUAACCUCGGAGAGAGGGGAAAAAAAACCUCGGGUCAAUCCACGCGCAAAACCUGGGGUGCCGGAUUAUCUGAGUCUCUUUUCUUAAAAUUUCCUGGAUGGGGAGAUGUGUGACAUGGGGAUCGAAGUUUCUCGUUAACUAUGGAUCCGAUUAAAACAACCCCCCACCCCUCCGAUUUAGGGAGAGCAACAUGUUGUAGAUUUGAACCUGGACCGAAGAAAUAUCUCGACCUAACUCACCCCUUCCCUCCACAGCCGCUGCUUGACCUGCUGAAUUCCUCCAGCACUUUGUAAGUUACUCUCGAUGGAGAAUACACUGCAACACGAUUUCAUUCUUGGUGCGAACUAUUUUGAUGGAAGUUUAAUUGAACUAAGUAAAUACCCACAGGGAGGACCGCCACAGGCUGUACCUCAUCGACGCUGCGGGGAAGGCCGGCCGGUCCUAUGACGCCACCACCACUGACUUGCCCCGCUUCCGGGAGCCGUGCUGCGGUGCACGCGCCACUCUUUCCGUCGGGCCCUUCCGGCAGCUCGAGACGUCACUGCCGGUUUGCGAUGGCGCAGCUCGGCCUGAUCCGCCUGAAGGCGCCGAACAAGGAGUCGCGGGAUCGGGAGUCCGCCGGGCUCAGACCCGACCCGGGUCCGGGCUCCGGCCCGCACCCUGCCGCCAAGCGCCGUAAAACUCACCAUCACGGCCUUAUGCGUGGACCCGCGACCUCGGCCCCUGCGCUCCGUUACCCGCCCCCCGCUCAUGUCAGCGGUGGUAUACCUGCCGCCGUGUACUCGGUGUGUCCGCCGCCGGGAUCUGGCCCUGGCCUCGGCUCCAUCCCUGCCGCCGGGCCUACCCCCUGCCCGCGCCCAGCCCCCGCCCUCGCGGCCGGCGGCACCUCCCUCCCCAAGACGAGGAACCCGAAGGAUAAGCACCUACACCGGGACAAGGAGAAGAAGCACCGGCCGCGUAAAGAGAAUAGCGACGGCGGGCCUCCGCACAAAGGUGGCUCUGAUGAAAAUGGGAAAAGUCGGAGACCAGAUGAAUACUUGGGCAAAAAGACAAAGAAAAAGAAGAAAAAGAAACAUAGAGAAGGUGAACGACCAAGGCAGUUAAAAAUGUACAAUAAAGAGGUGCAGACAACCUGCGCAGGGCUCACUCGUGUUGCCCUUGAUACUUUGGGGCAAGGUUCUUCUGAUGAAUCGAGUAUAAUCAACCAAGCUUCGAUUAAGCAUGAGGAGGAGCUCAAUAGGUUGGACCUGAAAAUGAGCCAUUGUCCCAUCCCUUCGUGUGCACAGUUGCCAUACUUAUCACAUAAAGACUACUGUGUCCGGAAAGGAUUCUUGCGGACAGGUUCCUCUAAGUAUGCCCACUUAAUUCACGUGGAGCAUCAGCCAAAUGGUGGUGCGCCAGUGCUCCAUGCCUACAUGGAUGAACUCUCUUUCUUGUCUCCUAUGGAGAUGGAGAGAUUUGCUGAAGAGUUCCUUGCAUUGACUUUCAGUGAAAAUGAGAAGAGCGCAGCGCACUACGUAAUGGCCAUCAUACAUGGAGCAGCAGCCUACCUGCCAGACUUUCUGGAUUACUUUGCUUUCAACUUCCCCAACACUCCAGUAAAAAUGGAAAUUCUUGGGAAGAAGGAUAUAGAAACUACAACCAUCUCAAACUUUCGGUCUCAGGUUUCACGGACUUACUGUUGUGGCACAUACAGAGCGGGCCCAAUGAGACAGAUCAGCUUGGUAGGAGCAGUGGAUGAAGAGGUUGGAGAUUACUUCCCAGAGUUUCUUGAUAUGUUGGAAGAAUCUCCAUUUUUGAAAAUGACUCUGCCAUGGGGGACACUGUCCAACCUUCAGCUGCACUGCCGGUCACAGAGUGACGAUGGGCCCAUAAUGUGGGUGAGACCCGGCGAGCAGAUGAUUCCAACUGCUGAUAUGCCAAAGUCACCCUUCAAGAGACGACGAUCAAUGAAUGAAAUCAAGAAUCUCCAGUAUCUACCUCGGGCCAGCGAACCUCGCGAAAUCCUCUUUGAGGACAGAACGCGAGCCCACGCAGAUCACGUGGGGCAAGGCUUUGAUUGGAAGAGCACGGCAGCUGUAGGUGUACUGAAGGCAGUCCAGUAUGGAGAGUGGAGUGACAAGAUUCGAAUAACCAAAGACGUGAUAUGUUUUCAUGCAGAGGACUUCACAGACGUUGUACAACGAUUACAGCUGGAUCUGCAUGAGCCACCUGUGUCACAGUGCGUGCAAUGGGUGGAUGAAGCAAAACUCAAUCAAUUACGGAGGGAGGGCAUCCGCUACUCCAGAAUCCAGCUCUCGGACAACGACAUAUACUUUAUUCCUCGAAAUGUCAUUCACCAGUUCAAAACUGUGUCUGCUGUUUGUAGCUUAGCAUGGCACAUACGCCUGAAGAAAUACCACCAGGAGGAGACAGAAACAAAACCAAACACAGACUCUGACAUCGCCACUAAAGAAAUUAAGACAGAAACUGAUGUGAGCUGUUCAGAUGAUAUGGCAGUGGAACCUGAAGUCCAGGCUAAGCUGCCUGUAAUACAGGAAGAUCACAGUCAUCAAUCCCAAGAUCAGCAAAGUUUUCCACAAUAACGUGUGUAUAUACUCAACUUUUUAAAUAAAUAUUUUUUCUUUCUUUUUAAACAGGGAUGUGAAGUUUUAGUUUUAUAAGUUGGCUGGGAUUCAAAUUUUAGUGAAGAAAUCGUGCCGUUCUUAAAGUGUGUUCCUUGAAUUGCGGUGACGUUAAAAUGCACUCAGCAAGUGAAGACCAGCCCUGUUUACACAGAUGUUCAGGCCACUCAUGGUCAGGAUUUUGACCUCUUUACUCUGAUUCUGGCUAAUGUCCUGAAAAGGCCUUGUCGAACCUGCACUUCAUUUCCAAGUGCAUAAUGUAGCAGGAGUGCCACCAGCACUAUAAACCAAACAAAAUUAAAGUGUUCUUCUCUGUAACUUCACAAUAGACUGUUUUUAAUGAAGUCUUGCCACUAUUUUGCUGUUUUAUAUUUUACUUGCAUGAUUGUAAAUUUACCUAUUGACGAAACACAUUAUGAGGAUGUGCAGGAAUAGAUCUUUAGAAUAUCUGAACAAUGCUCACUGUGGUCCAGUUUCUUCAGUGCUCACUCAUUUCCUUGAGGAUACAGUAUCUUUGCCCACUCUGAGUCUCUACAUUAUUUCUGUUUUACAGCAGAAUGAUUAACCCAUUUCUGCCUCUUGAACUGACCUAGCUGGCCAGUGAGCUUAUGCAGUUAAGAUAUGAUGUUUGGGUAUGACAUCAGAUGUCAGGCUUGUCAGAAUCUCCCCACAUUGAGAAAAUGAACAAAAUUCAUUCCCCUUUGGGUAGGAACAGUGCCACAAAAAUGAGCAGUCAUCUCAACUACUGUACUUUAGACCAGUAUUUAAACUCCAUGUAAGACUAACCCAAACUUAAUUACUUAUUCUGAUUCAGCUUACAUAUACUAGACUCCUUUUGCAUGUAUGUAUCAAAGUGCAUGUCUACCGUCUGCUUCUAAUUUUCUAUUGGAGUUCAUCUCUGCAAGUUUAAAGACAUCCCCAUGAUCUUGGAAUAUUUUAAGGAGUUUUAAGUAAUGUUUGAGGACAGCACAAACAUGCUGAGGUUUCCUCCAGCCUUGAGUACUGAAGUUGUUGCAAUUUAACCUUGUCCCUCAUCCCUAUUGAAAAUCAUUGCUGAUGUUCAUGAGUGGCUUUUUCAUGAUUACUGAGAUGCCUGUUUCACUAAUGGCUUAAGUCUGGGUUAGUGUCACCCCUGGGCUGUGAAGCUGGCUGCUUCUGCUAUUGUUAAACUGCUCAUGCAGAGUUCCUUUCAUCUCUGGACUGUGGAGUGGAGAUUAUUGCCACAACCUUUCACUGGACUCCAGCUGAAGGCAUUCACUUCUGAAUUACUUUGUGAAAUAAACAUGGCUAAAUAUCAAUAAGAUUACUUGGGAAAGAAGAAUUCUCUUGAACUAUUACUCAUUUGUCGUGGUUAGGAUUGCAGUAGGUCUUGAUUAGACUUUUGAAAAUUUGCCUCUUCCCUAAAAGUGUUCAGGAACAUAUUCCAUUGAUUCAUCCCUGGAAAUUUCUUGUUGAAAGAUUAAAUGGGGAAAGAAUUAAAUCUGUGGUGAGGAGACCUUAAGUCAUUUGGGUUAGAUAACUUUAGAAUGGGGUGGAAGUCCUUUCUCAUUCAUAAAAUUAUGAACUUGUACUUCAUGGCUACUAUCAAUAUAUUAAGAUUUCUGAUACUGAAGAACUUAAGGGCAUAAUGUUAAUGCAACCUACAUCUGUCCAAGUAUGUAGCCAUAUCUCUCAUUCUGCCAUUCCUGGGCAAGGUAGUUGCUCUCAUUCAUUAGACAACCUCAAUUAAUUUUAUGUGUCUUAUAAUUUUGUUUUUAUCAAUGCUGUGAUUAGAACUUCCUUAAACUUCCGUCCUCUGCUCCUUUCCACAUUUGUUUCCCAUUGUUGCAGACCCAAUGUACUUUGGAACAAGGCCAUUGAAACCUUGUAGCAGAAUGUGCUUGAAACAGGGAGGAGCAAGCCCAAACUCCCAAGAAAGCUGUAAAGGCUCGGAGAUGUUUCUUGAAUAUUUUUGGUUGAUAGAUUUCCAUGCCUAGCAAAGGUUUAUGGAACCUAGGCAGAUCUUUAAAAAAAAUCUAAAUCAAUUGUAAUCAUAUCGAACAGCAGAAAAGGCUUUAAAGAUCAAAUAGUCCAACUCCUUUUAUUUCCUUCUCGAGCUUGUUCCAGGCCUCGGAACAGAGGGAUCAUGAAAUCAUGACUAGUUCACAUUUUACUCUGUUGCAAGUUGUGUGAUGCAUUGCUGAAGAAGUUGCUGGCUAAUUACAGCAAUAAUUAUUAAUCUGCAGCAAGCUGCAUUAAGAUGCAAGAAAGGACACUCUCAUUGGUGGAAAACUUAUGGAACCACAUCACAUUGAAAUUUUAAUACUGCUUACUCGAUCUCAACUCAAUUUUAAAUUACCAGUCUGUUAGCUAUUUUUACAUUAUAAUUAGCUUACCUUUAAUUCAAUACCCAUAACGUUGAAGAUAAUGGCUUCCUUGAAAUCAAAAAUUCAUUCUUGUUGCACUUUAUUUAGUUUCAUUUUUCUUUUGAAGUAAUUUGACAGCUAAAUGGACUGAGUUUUACAGUGUGUUGAAACUGUCCUAAGAUGCAAUGACUAUUUUUAUACACAGGUCAACAGUAAUGUUAGGCAUAUGAGCAGAUUCUGGAAUGUGUAAGGAAAAAGUCCUUACAGCAUUUCAUUCUCUGCACAGACUGCCCAUCUCUUAUAAGUGCAAAUCUGUUCUGCAGCGAAGUUUCAUUUUGGUUAAUCAAUAGAAUUUUUUCAGGGAUCUAGUUUAAUAUCCACUCAAAAUUGGAAGAAAAUCUGCAGGAAAAGUUAUUUCCUGAGGUUGUUGAUGGAAGCACCCAACAACAAAUUGCAUAAAGUUAAUUUUUAAUACAAAACAUUGUGAUUGGUAUGCACUGCCAGCUGGUGAUCUAGUUCAGCCAUUCCUACUAAUCACCCAUACUUGCUUUCAAAAUUAAAUUGGACAAUUACUUGGAAGGGAAUAAAAUUCCCAGACUUUUUCUUCCUGUAUGCCAGGAAAGAUAUAAAUGGGCUAAUGGUGGCCAACUAUGCUAUUAGGAUUCUAAUACAAGCUUGUCUUUUCAACCUUGUCUUAGUUUCUUCUGUUGAUCUGCAUGUUGUUAUGUACUUUCUAGGCUCCAGGAGCAAUUAGACUGGAAUCGAGAAGGCAGUCAAAUGCAGAACAGAUUACUUCGUACAAUGAGCUUAGAAAAUGCUUUGAUUUCAGAAAGGUAUUGCCUAAAUUGAGUUUUGUUGUAUCCCAAGUAUAGUCUCAAUAUGAUGGAAAUUUGAGUAGUUCUGUAUUUUAAAAUGACCUGACAAUGCCAAUUUGCAGUGGCAACUUGUAGCAUUUGGGUUGAAUUGAGGACUAGCUUGCAUAAUCUUCCAUUUAGAUGACUGAGGGAUAAUCUAAUCAGGCUGCUUAACAUUAUGAAUAGAUUCAAAAUGUCAAAGGAACUUUAAACAAAUCAACAGAGCAUCGACAAAUCUUCCCAUACCUAGCUGAUGCUGCUCAACAUAUUGAGGUCCUCCAAAGAUUGCUUUUUUUGUAGCAAAGAAGCUUUCAACUGGUUUGGAAUUCAGUGCAAAGGAUGUGAUUUUAGAACACUUCUCCUCAUAACGGGCGAUAAACGUUUGCAACUUCUCUUUGCGAGCGCAGAACACACUAUAGGUGUGGAUGCUGAGAGGUCCAGUUAAAUUCUUGGAUUGAGAUGGUUCACUAUAAAGGAGAUGAUUCGGAGAUCAGCUUGAUAUUGCAGUUAUGAUGGACUGAGUGACCAUUGACUUGGGUAUGAAAAUAAUUUAAUAUUUUCGAAAGUCCCAUUGUUCUGAAACCCAUUAGCUUUCGAGGGAAUUGGGAAAGAUUUUGCAUGUCUCAUUUAACACUCUUGAUGUGAAUUUCUUUCAACCAAUUCAAACCAAUCUGCUCUCUCUUAAGACAAUGCCAGUUUUUGUGCACAGCUUGAAACUGGCUACAUGCCCUCUGCACUGGAAACUCAGUGGAACCACUUUGAUAUAUGCAGUGCAUACCAUCAUAUAACUCCACAUGCUCUGCCUUGGCUUGCCCUUCCUGACAAUCCAUUGCAAGAUUUCCCUCUUGAAAUUAUAGGUACAAAAUCAGGACAUUCAGACUCUUGUAUCUUUACCAGCCUGCAGGCUAAGGACUACCCAACUGAAGUACCUUGCACAUUUUGUCCCAUCUCUACAUGAUGGACAUGUUGAAUGCCAGUGAAACCGCUGCCUGGAUUGUUGUCUUUCACCUAUAGAUUUGUCCAGUUCCUUAACUCCAAGUUGUUAAUCUAAGUUGGAAGCAAUAAAUAGCUAUCUCUCCUGGAUUCCCUAUUCCGUUUCCAUUCCAACAUCAAUUUUCUAAAUAGCAAACAUUUAGCUUUCUUCAGCCAAUUCUACAUCUCUUCCUGUUCCAGUAAUAUGACAAUAUGCUUAAUAUUGAGAUAUCUACAAAAUCAGAAUAUAUGUUAAAAUCUGAUUUUAAAAAAACUAUAAUGUAAUGUGCAAUCAAAUGAUGUAAUCUGUGUAAACAGGGUUCUUGAGCAACAAGCACUUGCUAACAUGAUGGACAACCUUUAUAUUGAAAAUAAUUUUAUCCUCCAAACACUUAGAUUGAAGGGGAGGGGGGGGUGGGGUAAGAAUUCCAGAAACUCAUUCUCUGCUUUUUAAUGAGAGGAGCUGUAUUUGUUGUCUUGUCCUGAGAUUUUUAGAGCUUAAAAUUUGGUUGUUCAGAGUAAAACUUGCUUCCCAGGCACUUGUAUUUUUUAUUCACUUUAGUGUAUUUGUAAUUUUUUAUCCAUUUAUAAAUGUAAGCUGUUUUCAAAAGAAAUAUGACUCCUUUAAGAUAUUGUAAUAUUGUACCUAGCAGGAUAAUUCCUUCAGGUUUAUCUUACUUUACCAAUAGUCAGCAUUAUUGAAAUGCCUCAGUGUAUCUAGCGGUAAUUUAUGAAGACAUUUACUUUAUUUUUGAACAUUUCUAUCAGUGUAGCAGAGUUAAUGCCCAGAAGGGUAUUGUAUUUUUGUAUUUCUGUUAAGUAUAUUUACAUUAAUGUAAACUUUUCAGCUGAUCUGCAUGCAUUGUUGAUAUCAUUGGCUUACAAAUCUUCAGAAUACUGUAAUAUAGUGCCACACUGCAAGUGGGCAUGUCUGUUCUUGAGAUCAUUACACAAUCAAGCUGCAAGUAUGUCCAUCCAUUCUUAGAGUGCAUAAGAUCAUUUUUGAAGUUGACCCAUUGACGAGCUUUGUGCCUGCCCAUUCUGGGAGGUCAUUGGACUAUCAGAUUGAGUACAUCUCUCAUUCUAGACAUCUGCUUCAGAGGGAGGGUGGUGUAAAAUAGAUCAUAGUGAAUUGAUUGCUGGCUACACAGAUCGUCAUUGACUUCAAAUCUGUUACCUACCAUAUCUUCCCACUCGCCAAGUAAAAUAUUUUGCUUUGUGUCCCUUCUGCACUACAAGAAUGUCUACUGCCGUUCAGGGUCAGAGGUGUUAACAGAGCUGAAGGGUUGCUGUUAAUCAGGCCUUGUUUGAAAAUUUUCAAGACUGCAAAAAUGUUGGUGUCACCCCUCAUUGGAUAUGAGAUUGCAAGUCAACUGAAGGGAUCUUUCCAUUAGUGCUGUUCCUUCAGUAGUUAUGUGGCAGGGCACUCCACAUUCUCACCAUUUUUGUAGUUGAGGAAUUUGUCCUGAAUUUCAUUUGGAGUUAUAGUGAAUAACCUGUUUGAGCCCUGUUUUUGUUUUUAAACAGCCUACCCCUACCUGGAAACAUCUUCAAUAUAUCUGCAUUUCUUAAUCAAGGAAUAUUACAGCUCUGGAGUUGUACAACUGGUCAGUGAUAGUAGUCUGAAUAGAGGGAUGGUGACAAGAAGAGGCAUCAAAAAGCUUUCUGGGGAUUUGGUGUCAAGUGCGAGUUACUGGAAAAUGUGCUCUCCACAAAUCAAGUCAAUCUAAAGUCAUGAAGACAUAAUGGCUUUUUGGUCUAAUCUUCUGGAAAGUGGAAGAGAACCAAAAGAACAUUUGUGAUCUCUUGGAAUAAGUAGAAUAGAAAAGGCUUUUCUUUUGAUGCAACAGUAGACUUGCAUCCUCAGGAGUGCACCACUCUUAAUGGAUUUUCUUUCCACUUGCCCGGUACAAUUCAAAACUAAAGGGAUAAGUGCAGUAUGUGUUAGUUUGUUGAUGGACACUUGACUAUUUUGGACAGACAGCCAAAUCCACUGUCAAUGCAAAGUACUGUUCCACAACCGUGUGUGAAUCUGUAAAACCAGUGGUCCACGGAGGAAAUUAUUCAUGAGAACCUCACUUGCAAAUAAAAUUUCAGAAUGGCAUUUGCUUGGGAAGUAAGCUUUGCUUUGCUUGGCCUUAGUUCCAUCACAACCCCUAUAAAUUCUUGUCUCACCAGAGGGUGUAAUAACUUUUUAAAGAAGCAGAGUGUGAGCAGAUGGUACAUUUUAAGAUAAAUAAAUCUCUACGUGAUAUUAACCUUUUGCUCAGUGAAUUUCUUUAGUUCACUAUAUGAAGCAUGUUUUAACCUUUUAAAAUGUUGCUUUGUAAGAUUUUAAAUUUGAGCGUGCAGAUGGAAUACAUAGAAAAUUUCUUUGAAGUAUUUUUUUAAAUAAACUGGAAAAAGUUC